AUGGAAUUCUUUGAAAGAGCGCACGUUGUAAAAAAUAAUAAAGCAACUGAAAAUGUAAAGAAACAGCUGAAACAAAUGUUAUAUGGGUAUAAACUUAGCGAUAAUAAACUUAUUCAGAAUUCUGCAGACAGUAAAAAUGACUUCGACGACUCAACGUCUGUAAGCGGUUUUUCUGAUUUAAAUCUUACCAAUUCAAGUUGCGAAGACAAUGUCAUAGACGACGGCAAAUCUUUAAAUGAAGAAAGUACUAUCAAUUCCAGUGAAAAUAUCGAUGAGUAUUCUUCAAAUAUUGUUUCCCGCGAGAAAGAUGUUUCACUAUCAGAAGAGAAUGAAAAUAGCACAAUUCCUUCUGAAGAUUUACAUGAACAAUCAGAAGAAGAUGCUUCUUCAAUAUCUGAGUCAGAAUUAUCACUAGCAAGUGCCUUACUUGAUUCAGAUCUAGAAUCAAAUUCGUCAGAAUUAUUUGAUAAAAAUGGUGAACUGGCAUUAAGAAUACACAAAAGGUUAGAAGAAUUAAAAUCACAAAAACAGACACACAAAAGAAAAUAUAAUGAAAUUGAUCCUAAUGACCAGGUAAGACCAAAAUCUUUAAGCGCUAAAGCAAAAUAUAAAGAAUUUGAAGUAUCACAAGAUAUUAGUGAACAAGAUGAUACAUCUAUACAUAGUAAUGAAAAUGUAAUCGAUAUCAGUGAUGUGGAAUCUGAUCAAUUGUCUCCACCUUUUGUUUCUAUAUCAGCUGUAGACAUGCCACACCAAAGAUUAGAUGAUAUUGUUGGAGAUUAUAAAUAUUCAACAAUAAGAAAUUUACCAUCAGAUAAUCAACAUACCAUACUUUCAACAAAUAAUUCGGGCUUUUUUGCUGAAGAAAUUAUGAGUGUUGAUAUAAACACAGAAGAUGAAAUAGGUAGCUUAAUUCCAGAAUUAGAUGACAUUCCAACUAUUGAUGAAAUUGAUGAGGAAAUCAUAAAUCUUGAUACAACUGUCGAUACAAACAUUAAUGAUACUGUACUUGAUUUAGAAAAUACAUUAGAGUCUGAACCAACAAGUGAAACAGAACAAUUUAUAGAUCCACAAGUUAAUGUAGAAGAAACUUAUAAAAUAUAUUACACUCAUAUGGGUUGUAUUAUUGUGUUAAAACAUCCAUCAGAAUUGUAUAUACAAGGAAAGGUUAAAAUAAAGCGCUUAGGAGGAACAGUGGAAGUAUUUGGAUACACACUAAAAGAUGAAUUUUAUGAUUUAUAUGCUCCCUAUUAUAAUUUUGCUCAGUCAGUUAAAACAAUAGAAAAUCCAAAUGCAUAUUAUGGUUUGUUUGGGAAACUCACUGCCACUGGUCUGUCUGUUAGAGAAGCUGAAGAUAUAGUUACUUCUAUAGGAGAUCAAGAUGGAGUUAUUCUUUUACAGUCAUUACAUAGCGAUAAAAUAGAUUUCAUAGAAAAUAACUUUAAAGUAACCUAUUUGUUUGUUAAAUUGAACAAAGUAGUUGAGCCUUAUUUUAAGAGCACCUCUGAUAUUUUAAAAUGUUCAUUAUAUUCUGUAAGACCAUUGAACACUUUUCGAAUUCACCCUAGUUGGAGUGAGGCCCUAGCACAUUCUGAAUGUCCAGCAAGUAGAGGUAUAGUCUGUGGAGGAAAAGGUGCCGGCAAGUCAACUUAUCUAAGAUAUCAAGUAAACAAACUGUUGGCAAAUGGACCAGUGCUUGUUGUGGACUUGGACCCGGGACAAUGCGAGUUUACAGUGGCAGGAAAUAUCUCGGCUUCAGUUGUAACUAGUCCCUUGUUAGGACCAAACUUUACACACUUGAAGAAACCAGAAAUAAUGCUAAAUAUAGGCAUGAUCAACACAAUGGACAAUUCUAAGCGAUACCUUUCCGCUGUCCACACUUUGAUAACUCAAUGUCGUGAAAACGAAGCCUUUGCAAACAUGCCAUGGGUCAUAAACACUAUGGGAAUGACAACAGCUUUAGGACUUAAGUUUAUAACAUAUAUAAUAUUAGUAACCAAACCAACUUAUGUCCUGCAAUAUGAAUCUAAGAAAUCUAAAAAAUACUUUAACACACUUCUUCAACCACACAAUGUUAAUACUUUAUAUGAAGAGUACAAGAAAAGUCAUUUAUUCGAGAAUAUAUCAUUUCCAGCAGAUUUAAAUUACUCCUUCGUUGUCGCCUAUGAAACAGAUAAUUCUUUAAAGGACAGCUUCUCCCUGACUCCUAAAGAUGAAAGAUAUUUGAAUUUCUUGGCAUAUUUCAGUCAGUUGGCGAGUAUUCAAAAAAACUUGUUAGCAAUUACGCCGUACCAGGUAUCUCUAAAGGCGCUUUAUAUCGGGACCAAUGUGGUAGUCAAAGCGGAUAAUAUAGCGAAGGUAAUCAACGGAAAAGUGGUGGCAUUGUGUCAACAGAAACAAUGCGAUAGCGCGAGAGUGUUUACAUUGGCCGAUAAGCCACUGCUGUGUCACGGACAUGGUCUUAUAAGAGGAAUAGAUUGGGAAAAGGAGAUUUUAUAUGUUAUUACACCAGUUUUGAGCGGUGAGCUCUGCAGUGUGGACACAUUGGUGUAUGCAGACUGGGUGCCGGACCUGGUGGGGCAAGAAAACCACCUACUUGAAGGCACCGUGGUCCCCUACCGCACCAGGACACAGGACCAACUCAAGCAACUCAUGUCCACACCACGCAGAAGGUUUAACCCUCUGCAACUGCUUAAAAUAACAAGAAGUGCCAAAAUUGAAAGCUUGGUUAAU